CCUCUUAGGCGGCAAAACUAAAGAGCACUGUCACAAUUUAGGCGGGAAAUUAAUUUGAAAAUUGAUAAGAACCACCUAAUGGCUCUUCUCCUACAUCUUCCCCAAGUCCGAAACCCGUCAUCCGCAGAUAACAAUUCCAUCCCCCGUUCGAUCUUCGUAUUUUAACUAUGGAUCUUUCCGAUGUAGCGAAGAAGCUCGGAGUCUCAGAGUCUAAGCAACUCAUCCGAAAAGCCGCCGAACUUCGUCGGCUCUGUGAUGUCCAGUUUGACUCCUCAGUUAUCGGUGUCGGUGAGGUUUGUAAAGCUGUUAUCUGUCUAGAGAUCUCGGCGACAAGAUUGGGAGUUUUAUUCGAUCGGCAGUGUGCAAUAAAGCUGAGUGGAAUGUCGGAAAAGGCUUACACCAGAUCGUACAAUUCGCUCCAGAACGGUCUUGGAGUCAAGAAUAAGCUGGACAUUAGAGAAUUGGCCAUUCAAUUUGGCUGCGUUAGAAUCAUCCCUUUUGUGAAAAAGGGUUUGUCUCUUUACAAGGACCGAUUUCUUUCUUCACUGCCCGCUUCUCGGCGAGCAAGUGCGGACUUUACUCGUCCUGUGUUUACCUCUGUAGCCUUCUACUUGUGUGCAAAGAAGCACAAGCUAAAAGUAGACAAGAUUAAGUUAAUUGAGCUUAGUGGUGCAUCAGAAUCUGAGUUUUCUUCAGUUUCUGCUUCAAUGAUCGAUUUGUGCUUUGAUGUUCUUGGUAUUUCAAAGGAGAAAAAGGAUCCUCGUGAUGUGAAGGGGAACCGAGAACUACUAGAUGUUUUACCGGAAAAAAGGAAGCUUGAGGAUGGUGGUUAUUCAUCUGAUGCUGAUAAGGGAGAAGAGGGUUCGAGUUACAAGAAACACAAAAGAAUGGAAAAGCACGAAUAUGAUGAAUGGAAAACUUCAGUCCUUGAAUCAAAUAAGCAAAGCAAGACCAAAUCCAAAGUUGCUUUUAAGAAGAGCACGCAAACUCGCCUCAGUUUUCUUAAGGAAACAUCAGAGACCCAGAAGUUGGAAGCUAUUUAACAGCAAGAAGAUAAAGAUGCUCCAUCUUUUUUGGACCCCAAAUGUGUUGUGGGGUAUAUAUACAUAAACUACAAUUAGGUGAUGUAUGUUGCUUCACGCACCAUCAUGUUACCGGUCAGGCUCAGCAGCUUAAAAGCUUUUACUUCAUAUGUUUCUUCCUGCAAAUGAAACUGAACUGUAUAUAAUUGCAAUCUUUGUUUGCCAUCAAUAUUGAUAAUUUGCAAUUGCAGUUAUUCAAUAUGCUUCUGAAUAAAGUGGAUUUUCCUUCCUCUUUUUUUGAAA